AUGACGGAGGCUAGCUCUGGACCCGCGAAUCAAGCCAGUCCGACGUCGCAACACGUUGAGCAGCCGGCCCUGGCUGCUGGGCUGCGCCAUGCUGCGGGGGUAUCGGGCGACCUGGACGCAAAGCCGAAUGAAGAACCCAGUCAAAUCACCGAGGAACAAUGGAAAGCCAUGUUCGACCUGAUCCUCGCAAUCUACGAGUACCGUGAGCCCGACGGCCAUGACCCGACGAAACUGUUCCAGCGUAGCGUGAACAAGCGAAAUGUCCCCGAUUAUUAUGAUGUCAUUAAAGAACCCAUGGCCUUGAGCGUCUUGAAGCAAAAGACUCGAAGCCGAGUAUAUAAGACCUUUCCAGAGUUCGUCAGGGAUUGCGCUUUGAUUCCUCACAAUGCACAGACAUAUAAUCGACCCAAAUCGCAAGCUUACGAAGAUGCUCUCAUCAUUAAAGCUGUAUUAAUCGCUGAAUUCCAAAAACUGAGCGACAAAGGCAUUGUUCCCCCAGAGGACGCAGAGUUGCCCGAUCUGGGAGAGAUUCCGGAUGCCGAUCCACUUCCCGUGGAUGAAGAGGAUGACGAUGAAGAAGAUGAUGAGGACGAUGAGGAAGCCGAUGACAGUGACGAGGAAGGCCGUCGUAGACGCAAACGCGCCCGACGGGGAAGCCAGUCCUCGAGACGUGGUGGAAAUAAAGAUGAUUACCGCAAAAGUAUGGACCCAGCACUGCGAAAGAAAAGAGGACGGCCCCCUCGAGUUGAUACACCUAUGGAGGCAAGAAUAAAAGCAGUACUGAAAGGAAUUCGAAAACCAAGAGACCCUGAAGGAGGCCUCCGGAUUCGGCACUUUGAAAAGCUCCCAGAUAAAGCUGCGUACCCUGACUACUACACGGAAAUCAAGGAGCCCAUGGCAGUAGAUAUUAUCAAACGCAAAUCUAAGCGGAAGAAGUAUGCCUCGGUGGACCAUUUCAUGAGAGACAUCGAUGUUAUGUUCAAUAACGCGAAGGCAUACAACCAGUCAGACAGCCAACUGUAUUUGGAUGCUGAGGAACUGCAAGUGGAAGCUCACAAGCUUGCCGAUCAAGAGAAAAAGAAGCCAGAUAGUGACUAUAUCAUGGAAGAUGGCCGACUCCCGCUUCCAAAUGGGAUUUCCUACAAGGACGAGAUUUGGAGAGUCGGCGAUUGGGUUCACAUACAGAAUGCCAAUGACCCAGAAAAACCCAUAAUUGCACAGGUCUAUCGAACUUGGCAGGAUGCAGAUGACCAGAAGUGGGUUAAUGCUUGCUGGUAUUAUCGACCAGAGCAAACAGUGCACCGUGUCGACAAGCACUUUUUGCCUAAUGAAGUGAUGAAGACGGGCCAGUAUCGAGACCACCGCAUUGAAGAGGUGAUGGACCGGUGCUUUGUGAUGUUUUUUACGCGCUUCAAUCGUGGGCGACCAAGAGGGUUUCCCGUGGACAAACAAGUUUAUGUUUGCGAGGCUCGGUAUAACGAGGAGAAACACAAGCUGAACAAGAUCAAAACUUGGGCCAGCUGUCUUCCGGAUGAGGUCCGAGAAAAAGACUACGAAAUGGAUUUAUUUGAUGGACCACGCAAGAUUAGGAAAGUUCCGAGCCCAAUCAAACACUUACUACCAGCAGAUGCAAAGGAUACAGACGAUUUGCCAAAACCUACCUGGGGAGUUGAAAACGCGCCUCCAAUAAUCGGGGCUGUUCAUUGUAGACCCCGUGAUGAGAACGAGUCUCCCCCUCCCGAGCCAACGCCGCCACCUCCUCCACAGCCAGUUCAACGGCCACCAACUAUACCCCCAAGACCUAUGUCCGCAAAUCAGCAAAAUCACCACCCCAAUGUCGAUGGGAGACGCGAUCCCCGAUUGGGCCCAGCCAACUUUGCACCAUCAGGCCAAUCGUCGGCUCAGACUCCUCAGCUGCAACCUGCAACACCAAUGUCGAUGAUGCCUUCACGAGCCCAGCCGAGUUACCAUGCGCCUAGCCCAGUUAUUCCUCAGUAUCAGUCAGUACCGCAUCUUCAAGCCGCUCAACCUCCUAUUAGCGCUACCGCAUAUCAACAAUCCCCUUCUCAGCCCUACGCGAUGCCGCAAAGCUUCCCACAUUUUGCUCCUAGCCGUCUUCCGCAGCCGCAAUCGCCUAUGCAACAAGCUAUUAACCCGAACGCCCCCAAACUUCCAGAGUUUAUCACCUUACGCGAGGAGAUGAACAGCGCAAUACCAGAAGAUAUACGUUCACGAUUUCAGCGCGACGCAAGGGGUCGCGUGAUUUUUUUCAGUACACCUCCACUUGAUAUCGUGGACGGCCAGGCAACACCACUCGCGCACUCCGCUGAGCACCUCGCAGCAAAAGCUAGACGUCAAGCGGUCAUUAACCGGGAACGCAAGAGGAUUCUUGAACGUCAGAAGGCCCGCGCAGAGGGGGAAAUUCGUCGGAAAUCAGAUGGAAAUCAAGAAAUGCCCAUCAAAGAGGGAUCCCCUACUGUCAAACGGGAAGAUACGGAGCAAGUGAACACGGCACUGCCCCUCCAUAGCGAAAUCGAGAGUGAUUUUGUGAAGCGGCACGAGAGGGAAAUAGAGAUCCUUGACGCUUUCGUUGCGGGCCACAACAGUGCUAAGGAGAAAGCCAAGGCCAAGAUGCAAAAGGAAGCGGGCACAGCCGCGACCGAACCGCUCGACCUCAGGACACUUCCAGCACGCCCUAGGCACGCUAUGACUAGGGACCAUUGGUGGUAUCUAACCAACCCAUCGAAAAGGCAUGGCUAA